AGGUCAAGGCUCGGUGUUUAAAUAUGGAUGGGUACAAAAUUGGUGAUAUAAGCAGCUUCCUCAACGCUAGUUCCACUGUUGACCAGAAACCUGCCAAUGAUUUAUUUGCAGCUGCUGCUCCGGCUGUAGUGGCUGUUGAGGAAGUUUAUGCUCCAAAACCAGAUUCUGUUCCAGGGAAACGUCCUAAAAAGAAUAAAAGCAUCGAAGCUGAGCCAGAAGAACCAAAAUUCCCCCAGCUCUCUCCUGAAGAGCAGCUAGAAGUAAAUAAACGAACUCUUUUUGUCGGAAAUCUCCCUGUAGGGUUAAAACGGAAGCAGCUUCGAAAAUUAUUUGCAGACUUUGGUAAAAUACAGAGUUUAAGAUUUAGAUCUGUUGCAAUAAGUGACCUGAAACUUGGCCGGAAAGUUUGCCUGAAAACAAAUAAAAUCAACGAAAAUGCAACCAGCAAGAAUGCUUACAUUGUUUUUGAGCACGAGGAGUGUCUUGAUAAAGCCUUGGCUAAGAACGGUUCAGUAGUUAAUGAUCUUAACAUCAGAGUGGAUAAAGUAGUCAAGUCAAAGAAGGAAGUAAAAGAGGAUACUAAAAACUCAAUAUUUCUGGGCAACAUUCCAUUUGCAGCAACUGAUGAGGAUAUUAGAGCUGCUCUCGCACAAUGUGGUGACAUUGAGUAUGUACGACUAUUACGUGAUGCUAAGACUAAUAUUGGGAAAGGAAUUGGUUAUGUUAAAUUUGUGGAUUCGGCAGGUGUUAUGUUUGCAAUGAAAAUCAAAGAUAAUGUAGAAGUAAAUGGGAGAAAAUUGAGAAUCCAGCGCUGCAAGUCGAAAUUAACUCUGGAAAACACACAGAAAGCUAAAGAACUGAAGUCGAAAAAGAAUGAAGAAUCCCAGAAUAGUUUUAGAGGAAGAAAGUCUAAGAGUAGUGAUAAGGAAGUUUUUGCUGGGAAAUCGCUAAGUCACGGAGCAAGAAAUUUGACCCUAAUAGAAGACCCAAACCAAAGACUCAAAAGCCGAUGUCAAAACAGAAAUUUGAUAAGAAAGUUAAUAAAACUUCGAAGAAAGGAGGAGUUGUUGCAACUAAGGGGAAGAAAGACAAGCAAUGAUCAUGAUAAUUGUUCCAAAUUUUAGCUUAACAAUUCACAAUAAAACUUUUGGUUGGGUUUCAUGAUGGACUGCCUCUGCUUUUUGGUCUACUUUGAUCAGCUUUUUUAGAAUAUUUUAAGGCUGGAAGUCUGCUUACUCCAUCAUAUUUUAAUUUAUUAAAUUUCAGAUUGAGCAAGGUUUAUGGUUUCUUUUACAAUUUUUGUCAAUCAUAACUUUUUAAGUGACUACUUUGUGGGCA